GCGCCGCCCCGCUCCAGCAGGGGGCGCCGCCUCGGCUGCCGCGCAUGCGCCGCUGCCCCGCGGCCAUGGCGGCGCUCCUGGAGCACGAAACGCAGAUCUUCCUGGAGCUGCUCCAGCAGGACGGGCUGCUCAUCUGCGCCCGCGGGCUCGGCCUCGACCGCCUGCUGCUGCGCUUCCUGCGCCUCUACUGCGAGCCCACCAGCCUGGUGCUCGUACUCAACACCAGCCCCGCCGAGGAGGAGUAUUUUAUUGAUCAGCUGAGAUCAGACGGAGUUGUUCAUCUUCCUCGGCGUGUUACCAAUGAAAUUACAAACAAUACUCGAUACGAAUUUUACACACAAGGAGGAGUCAUCUUUGCAACAAGUCGAAUCCUUGUGGUAGAUUUCCUUACCGACAGAAUUCCUGCAAACCUCAUUACCGGCAUUUUGGUAUACAAAGCGCACAGAAUCAUUGAGUCCUGUCAGGAAGCAUUUAUCUUGCGACUUUACCGCCAGAAGAAUAAGGAAGGCUUCAUUAAAGCUUUUACAGAUAAUGCGGUUGCAUUUAACACUGGCUUUUGCCAGGUGGAAAGAGUGAUGCGAAAUCUUUUUGUCAGGAAACUUUAUCUGUGGCCAAGAUUUCAUAUAGCAGUGAACUCAUUUUUAGAGAAGCAUAAACCUGAAGUGGUGGAAAUCCAUGUGUCGAUGACCCCCGCUAUGCUCGCCAUCCAGACUUCAAUCCUGGACAUUUUGAACGCGUGCUUGAGAGAACUCAAACGUUACAAUCCAGCUCUUGAAGCAGAAGAUCUAUCUUUAGAAAAUGCUAUUGGUAAACCUUUUGACAAGACAAUACGUCACUAUUUAGAUCCUCUCUGGCAUCAACUUGGAGCUAAGACGAAGUCUUUGGUCCAGGAUUUGAAGAUACUACGUACUCUGCUACUGUACCUAACCCAGUAUGAUUGCAUCACUUUCCUUAAUCUUCUGGAGUCACUGAAAGCAAGUGAAAAAGCUUUCGGUGAAAAUUCAGGUUGGCUGUUUCUGGACUCCAGUACUUCAAUGUUUGUCAAUGCUCGAGCUCGAGUUUAUCGCAUUGCAGAUGAGAAACUGAAUCAGAAAGCCAAAGUCCCUGAAAAAAGUGAUGUAAAGAAGGAAAAUGAACUGAAAAGGGAACUGGUUCUAGAAAGUAACCCCAAAUGGGAAGCCUUGAGAGAAGUACUGAAAGAGAUUGAAAAUGAGAAUAAGAACAGUGAAGACCUUGGUGGUCCAGGGCAAGUGCUCAUUUGUGCCAGUGAUGACCGAGCCUGUGCACAGCUCAGGGAGUAUAUUAUUGCUGGAGCAGAAGCUUUUUUAACAAGACUGUACAAUAAAACCUUCGGAAAGGAUGAGAAAGCUGCGGAAGUGUGGAUUACGGACAGAAAACCCGUCAAGUCCAAGGGAAAUGCCAGAGCAGACGCUGGGCCUCAAGCCAAGAAAGCCAAGCUCACCGCUUCUUCAAAACAAAAUAAAAACAAGAAACAGCAAGAGCGGACUAUAAUCCAAAUGAUGGGGAAAGCUGAGGAGGAAAAGAAAGAGGAGGUAGAGGCAGAAGACAACAAACAAUUAAGCAGCAGCCCAGAAAGUAACACCGAAGAGACCGUUCCUGAGGACUUCCAUGUGAACUUACCCUCGGAUUGUUACUACGGCAUUUUCAAGGACCCGCUCACAAUUAUUCACCCGUUGCAGGGUUGCACUGAUCCCUAUGCGCUCACUCGGGUACUGCACGAAGUAGAACCAAGAUACGUUGUGUUGUAUGAUGCAGAACUGACCUUUGUUCGGCAGCUGGAGAUCUACAAGGCGAGCAGGCCUGGGAAGCCUUUGAGGGUUUAUUUCCUCAUAUAUGGGGGCUCAACAGAAGAGCAGCGCUAUCUCACAGCUCUGAGAAAGGAGAAGGAGGCCUUCGAAAAACUCAUUCGAGAGAAGGCUGGCAUGGUUAUUCCUGAAGAAAGAGAAGGAAGAGACGAAACAAACUUGGACCUCACCAGAGACGCUAAACCUGCCUCUGCUGCUGCUGACACGCGCAAAGCAGGUGGACAGGAACAGAAGGGUGUUCAGCAAACUGUAAUAGUGGAUAUGCGGGAGUUCCGGAGCGAGCUGCCGUCACUGAUUCAUCGGCGCGGUAUCGACAUCGAGCCGGUCACUUUGGAGGUUGGAGAUUAUAUUUUAACUCCUGAUAUCUGUGUAGAGCGGAAAAGUAUCAGUGACCUGAUUGGUUCCUUAAACAACGGCAGGCUGUAUACACAGUGCGUUUCUAUGUCCCGUUACUAUAAGCGACCGAUCCUCCUGAUUGAAUUUGAUCCUAACAAGCCCUUCUCCUUGAUUCCACGAGGCUCUCUGCAUCAGGAAAUUUCCAGUAAUGAUAUUACUUCCAAACUAACUCUUCUAACGCUCCAUUUCCCGAAGUUACGGAUCCUGUGGUGUCCCUCUCCCCACGCCACUGCUGAACUGUUUGAAGAGUUAAAACAAAACCACCCCCAGCCCGACGCAGAAACAGCGAUGGCCAUCACGGCAGAUUCUGAAGUCCUUCCCGAGUCAGACAAGUAUAACCCCGGUCCUCAGGACUUUCUGUUAAAAAUGCCAGGAGUUAAUGCCAAAAACUGCCGUGCCAUAAUGAACCACGUGAAGAGCAUUGCAGAGCUAGUGACGCUGUCAAAGGAUGAACUCGCCAAAAUUUUGGGUAAUACUGCAAAUGCCACGCAACUCUUUGAGUUUAUUCACCUGACCUACGAAGAGGCAAUUGCUAAAGGAACAAGCAAAAGGUGACUCAUGGGAUUGUUCAGCGUGGGGCACAGAUAAGCUUUUCUUGCACAGAACUUUGGCAAAGUGCGUGAAAUGGUUUAACAAGUGCCCUCUAAGAUAACCAGCUUUCUUGCUAAUGCUGUUCCAUCUGUUUUAACAUUUGAGUUAAUUAUUACUGAAGGCAAGUUUCAAGAGGGAAAAAAUGAUUUUAAUAGAGAAAUGUCAAUUAUUUUUAUUAAAGGAUGAAAAGAAAAGAAAAGAAAGCUACAGCACUUUAACCAACUUUGUGAUACCACUCAAUGAACUAAAUUAAGUUCUUCACCAAGUCCUUAAGAAUUAAAUGCUAAGACUAAUUGAUAAAGGUGUUGAAAGUUAGGUCUUGGUAAAGCUAAAAAUGUACCGUGUUUUAAUUGGCUUCUGUGACGUGCCACAUGAUCUAUCACUGCUUCUGCCAUUUUUAUUAACGUCUUACUCUCUGGAAACUGCCGAUUUCCAGUUGACAGUGACGGAGCGAUUGAAAGACGUUGCGGUCUUUUGUCAGGAGUUCGUUUAGAACAUACUUGACUCAGUCAGGAAUUUGAGAGCAUCGUCAUAAGCCUUUGGCACAGUAAAGUACAAUUUUAUGGUAUGUUCUACAUGAUAUUUUCUUGCUUUACUGGUAGUUACACCUUGUAUUUUGACAUUCUGAAGUCAGUACAGCUGCAUGUUGAUGGAUUUUGCCUCCCUCUGGUACAGGCUGGGUAGACGGCGCUGGCACACCGCAGCCCAGCUCUCAGCGUGCCUCACUUAUGCUUCUAGGACGCCUUAUUUCUUUUAAUCAGUUUCGAUAGCUCUUUCACCUUAUUCACUUGAAAGUGGAAAAUCAUUGGGCCUAUUCCUUUAUACCAGAAUGUAUUUCCUCUGACAAAAUGCAAUACUUUUUAAAGUAAGAUUUUCCAAUAUUGUCUUCUUUCUGUGUCCUAUUGCACUUGCAUUUUUAUGUCUUAAAUAGACCACCUGUCAAUAAACUCAGGAAAGCUAUUGGCACCUGGAAGAUGAAGUUUUUUAGCAUUCCGUGUAGCAUAAAGCAUAAAGCAGGGAAGUGUUAUGCUUUCGAUAGUUGGUCAAUGUGUAUAUUGUUGAAGACAUAGAUUCUGCACUGAACUUUGAUAUGACGACUAUGUAACAAACUGCGGGUGCCAGCAGGGCUGGGGCUGGGGCUUUGGGUGCUAAUGUAUUUACAUUGGCUAUUUACAAAAUCUUUAUCUAUAAUGACUUGCACAUAUGUAUUUGUACAAUUCUAAUGCUAACAACAGAUUAAUAUAAUAUCCAUCAUUAAAGGAGGAAAUAUUGAUUUUUCUCUAUUCAGGCGCAGUAAAAACUGUGCUGUGCACUUUCAGUGUUUACUGUGCAUUUGAAGUGUGACCUAUGAAUUUGUUACCUUACAGUCUAGGGCUGCGCUGUGACAGAUUUCCAAAGUGAGCAGUUUUCUGCAAAUGCAAAUUUCAGUAUUAAAUAUAUCCAUAACUAGAUUAAAAUUUGUUCAUUGUCUUGCUUGUCAUUUGGCUCUAUUGUUAUUAGAACAUUUGUAUUUUUAGUGUGUGAUUUAUAAUCCACAUCUCAGGGUUUCUAUUGCCCUAGAUUCUAAUUUAUUUAAUUUAAUAUAAGAAUUUGUCUUUUCAUGAGACUUUUGCUUAUUCAAAGCAAUAAGCUCCAAGUUCAGGGUUGAGAACACCUGUAAAGUGGUGCUAAGAGAACAGAAAAUCAGAGCAAGAACACAGCUGUGCUGAACACGUGGCCUGUAGAGCCUGGUUCAGAAAGGAGAGCUGACCAGCCUUUGUGAACAUGUCUUGUUUUGCAUUUGCAUCAUUAAGACGGUACAUUAAGAUGUAUAAGGUGAAAAUAAAGGGUAUAUGAAGAGGGUAUAAGUUGUAGCUGUGUGUUACACGCUAAAUCGUGAUCACAUAAUGCAAUUAAAUAACUAAUAUUUGCUAAGUAUUUAUAUUUGCCUUUUGUUUAUGUGUGUGGAAUUUCUGUAAAGUUUUUUGAUAUUUUUUUUUCAAUGCAGGGUUUGGCUUUUUCUUUAAUUAGACCACCAGUAAUAUUGCUGUACGUUGUUAUUGUUUCUUGGUGAUUUGGCGCUUGACUUUGGGUUGCACAUCAGUGGCGUGUCCUGGGGGGGCUGGUACAGGCAGUGCACAGAGCUGCAGGGGCCUUGUCUCCUGAAACACCCAACCAAAGGUUCUCCUGGAUGGAGGCGCAACAAGGUGUUUGGGGGAGCGCUGACAUUCCGUGGCCUUCUGGUGUUUGUCAGCUUCUGUCACCCACGGGGAUGAAAUUCUGUAUGUCGUCUUCUCAUUGCUUGAUGUUUUGACUUUGGGAUUUUUUUAUAUUAAAAAAAAUAGUGCCCUCA